AUUUUUGACUCAAAUUUCCACUCAUGCGUGUAUGACCAUAAAUAUGAAAAACUGCGUGUAAUUCAAUAUAUUGAUUUGUGGUUUUACGCAAAAUCAAAUCACCAUAUUUGUUUUGCUGUUUGUUUGUUUUGUCAUUACUGACUUCUGGCGAGAACAUCCAAAUCUGAAAAUCUGCACUAAUCCAUGCAAUAAUUCGCUAUGCGUAUGUUGAUUACAUUUUAAGAACACUACAAAAAACUAUAGCUCCAAUGUUCCAUUUUUUUAACAGUGGCACCAUGUGUCAUUACUUCUGCGCAAAUACAGUUUUCUCAACCACACAGGAACUACACUGCUGAUUGGAGAACAUCAGUUUCUUAGAACACAUUUGCGGCGUAAUAUCUCCGUUCCCAGAAAGUGCGCCACCAGCCCACAGCUGUUGGAUAAGGUGAUGCGCACUGAGAAGCUCUCCAAAAGGCUGCUGCCUCACUCCCAGAGCAUGACGAUGGGCAGAGUUUUCGAGUAACGCCAUGGAUUUCCACGUUGAGGCUCAUAUCAUGAGUGCUAUGUAAAGGACUUGCAGCCUAAUAUAAAAUCUUACAGUUUUGUUUUUUUUUAAUUAUUAUUAUUAUCGACAUUUUUUUUUUAGAAUUGAGGAUAUGAAUUUGUUUUUGUUUUGUUCUCCUUUUUUAACCGCAGAAAUGUUCAGCAUGCCUGGGAAGGGGGUUAAAUCCGCGUUUGCGUGGCUUCUUUUUUUCAUGGACUCGUUCUCAGCUGUAAAGGUUCGCAAAAUUGUUUGAAAUGUCCGACUUCCACAACCGAAGCCAAGUCAGCGCACGACGCAGUGACUACGUCUGGCAGUAUGAGUAUUACGACGACGAGGAGCCUGUCUCUUUUGAGGGACUUAAAGCGCACAGAUACUCCAUUGUCAUAGGUUUCUGGGUGGGACUGGCAGUUUUCGUCAUUUUCAUGUUCUUCGUUCUCACGCUGCUCACAAAGACUGGAGCACCACAUCAGGAAAACCCAGAGUUGGGGGAGAAAUGGCACCAACCAGAAGGCUGUCUGGUAGACAUCAAUGGCCACCAGGACGAUAACGACAAAGCUUUCUCCCGCCCGCUGUUAGAAGGCUCCCGUUCGUACUUUAAUUUCUACAUCAGUGAGGAAGAUCAGGCCCAUGAGAAACAGAAACCGGGAGACAAAAGGAGUUCUGCAAAAGACAAAGCUGGAAGACUACAGCGCUCUGGUGAACUAGAUGAGAUGGACGAGGACAUUGAGGAAAGCGGGGCACACCAACCUCUCAAUGGCCUCAUUGAGAAAAGUAAGUCAGACAGAGAGUGUGCUUUCCUGUCUCACUUCAACAUCCCAAACUUUGUGAACUUGGAUCAUGGCUCCACACUGGGAGAGGACGAUCUGCUAUAUGAGCCGUCCGUCAUCCUGGAGCGUCAGUCUCAAGCUCACAAUGGUCACUGUGACACCCACUAAUGCGGACCGCUACGGUGGUCUUGUAACUUAAAUUGGUUUACAUUCAGAAGCAUUUUAAGACUGGCAGAGGGAAAUAUAUGCACCUGCUACUCCUGUCUUUCUGUAAAGAGCUUUCAAAUUACUUUUUAGUGUUUUCUAAAAAAGAAAAAAAAAAAGCCAAGAGGUUGGAAGGCAUAGCCUGCAAAAGCAAACUCAGAAUAA